AUGCAUUCUGCACUUGAAGUAAAUGCCACUGACAAAUAUGAUUUGGAUUAUGUAGUAUCCGAAAGACAAGAACCUCCUCCAGAGAUUCCUGGUGAUGUCUUUGAUCGACAACGUGUUAUGAAAGAUUUUCAUCAAUCUUUAAUUGAAAAACAAUGCGUUUUUGUACUAGGAGUAGGUGGUAUUGGAAGUAGUAUUGCCAUGUGUCUGGUGAGAAUGGGUGUGGAUACGAUAUAUUUACUCGAUCGUGAUUAUGUUGAAGCAUCAAAUUUAAAUCGUCAAAUCUUAUUUAGUAUAGGUGAUAUUGGUCGAUCCAAAGUAGAAGUAGCAGCUCAACAUUUGAAAGACAUACACAAUUUACGAACUAAUAUAUAUCAUUAUCAUACAGAUGCCGUUAAGAAUUGGUCUUGUGUUGUCGAAAUAGCAAAAAAAUCAAUGGUCAUUUUUAAUAAUAUCGAUUAUGGAGCUGUGUUUGAUUAUGCGGUGAAUUCUCUAUGUAAAUCAUUAGGUAUAAUUUAUGUAUCUGGCUCCACAUAUGCUAAUAACAUUGAUAUUAGUUUAUAUUCAGGUUUAUUAAAUGAUCCAUGUUGGGCAUGCAGUAACCUUACUAAUGAUUCGUUCAAGUUUACAAAUCAAGAAUCAGAAAAUAUCAAUGAUAUUCCAUCAUUUUUAAAAGAAAAGUGUUGCAUAUCAGGUGAAAAAUCACAAUUAAUCAUAGAAGAAUGUAUGAAUGAAAUGAAAAUCGUAUUGCCUUUCCAAUUACAGUUCUUGACAUCAUUUAUGUCUCUUUAUCAGGAAAAGGUACUUGGAUUAUUGUUACCUCAAUCUAUACAGACUUAUCAAUCGAUUGAAUUUAUUCCCAAAGAUAGAUCAUUUCCUACAAGAACAGUUGGAAGUUGGAUCGGUGUUUGUGCAUCAGGAUCAUGUUUGAUUGUUAAUACAUGGGUACAACAUAUAAUGAAAACUAAAAAUUUGACUAUCGAUACAAAUAAACCGUUUCAUAAUUGGAUGCAAAUCAAUUUAUCGAUGUUUGAUGGUGGUUAUUAUACAACUGGAUUUCCUAACGAACAAGAUCGUAAUUGUUCGAUCUGUUCAAGCGCUAAGCAAAUGACAAAACGAAUUUCAUAA